UCUCUCAUUUCACUUUGCGUUACCGGCAAACCAUUGUUAAACUGGCUACGUAAUACGCGUCUAUUACUGGGCCGGAUUUCUUUAUUACGGUAGAUGCUACUGUAAGGACUUGGCACGAAACAGGACAACCCCAAAAUGCAGCAGCAGUCAGUAAUGGAAGAGGGAACGGCCUACGAGCCACCUACUUACGAUGAGACAUUCCCUGUUCUCCCCGAAUCAGCUAGCUCCAGCUCUGGACAAUUAAACAUAUUUUCUAUAAAUAACAAUUUACAUCUUGGUUGCAUAAAUGUUACCCAGAUGUUCCGCGUGCCAGGAGAAGAGCGCAAGUUUGAUCACAGUGAUAAGUUUGGGGAACGUGAAUCUAUUCGAACAUGUAAAACUAUUAUGAAGGAGACAAAUACCAUCAUUGAGAUUGCAUCUUCCAAGGAUCAGUCGCUGACAUUUCUUAUAACUGGAAAGCAAAAUCAAGUUCUGGAAGCUAAACGACGUAUUCUAACAACAUUUCAAACCCAGGCAAGUAAGCAGAUCAGUAUUCCUAAGGAUCAUCAUCGUUGGAUUCUUGGAAAGCAAGGACAGAGGCUGAAAGAUUUGGAGCAGAAAACUGCUACAAAGAUCAACGUCCCUGGUAUGCAAGAUCAAUCUGACAUAAUAACGAUUACAGGAACAAAAGAAGGCAUUGAAAAAGCUGAACAUGAAAUUAGAGUUAUCUCUGAUGAGCAGUCCAGAAAAGCUUUCGAAAGAAUCACUGUGCCAAAAAUAUAUCACCCAUUUAUAUAUGGUGCGCAUAAUGAAAAUCUCAGUGCCAUGAUGUCAGAAACUGGCGCUCGCAUCAAUAUCCCUCCUGCUUCGGUGCAGCAAGAUGAAAUUACCAUAGCUGGUGAGAAGGAAGGAGUCUUAGCUGCAAAACAGAAGAUUGAGGCCAUUUACAAAGAUAUGGAAAAGAGAUGCACCACGGUAUCUGUAGAGGUUCCCAAGUCUCAGCACAAGUAUGUAAUUGGACCUCGUGGCAGUACCAUAGCAGAGAUACUGCAAACAACUGGGGUGAGUGUAGAAAUGCCUGCACCUGACUCAGCAACUGGUACUAUAACUCUUAGAGGACCUCAAGAAAAGCUUGGUCAGGCUCUCAACAAGGUAUAUGAGAAGGCAAACAGUGUUCGUACUGCUGUAGUAGAAGCUCCAGUUUGGAUACAUAAAUACAUUAUUGGACGCAAGGGUGUAAACAUCAAGAGAAUCACUCAGGAAAUGCCAAAAGUAAAUGUAGAGUUUACGGGCAAGGAGGACAAGAUUAAGAUAGAAGGCCCACCUGAGGAAGUAGAGAAAGCACAAAAUGAACUGCAACUUAUGGCUACUGAUCUUAUAGCCAAGCUUACUUUCACAGAAUUAAAUGUCGAUCCGAGAUUUUACAAGCAUAUCAUUGGUAAAAAUGGUUGCAAUGUCAACCGUGUUAAGGAAGGAACAGGCGUUGUGAUUAAUAUCUCCGAAAAUGAUGGCAGCAAUGUUAUCCGUAUUGAAGGCAAUCUUGCUGGUGUAUUAAAAGCCCAAACAGAACUCGUGGAAAUGGUGAAGAAACUCGAGAAUGAGAAAGAAAAGGACGUGAUUAUAGAUCACAGAUAUUACCGUAAUAUAAUUGGUAACAAAGGAGAUAAUAUUAAAGAGAUUAGAGAUAAAUUUAAUCAAGUACAAAUUACCAUACCUGGACCUGGGGAAAAAGGAGAUAUCGUAAAAAUCAGAGGACCCAAAGAAGACGUCGACAAGUGCCAUAAGCAUCUGAUGAAGCUGGUGAAAGAGCUGAAUGAAAGCAAUCAUGUGCUGGAAGUACCUAUUUUUAAACAGUUUCACAAGUUUGUCAUUGGAAAGGGUGGUGUCAACAUCCGCAAGAUAAGGGAAGAAACUCAAACAAAAAUCGAUUUGCCCGCUGAGGGUGAGAAGAGCGAUGUUAUAACUAUCACUGGUAAAAAGGAAAAUGUGGAGAAAGCUAAAGAAAUGAUACAAAAGAUUCAGAAUGAAUUGGCCAACAUUAUUACCGAUGAGAUCACCAUUCCACCAAAGUUUUACAAUUCACUUAUCGGUACUGGAGGUAAACUAAUACAUUCUAUCAUGGAAGAUUGCGGAGGCGUCACUAUCAAAUUCCCUACAGCGGAAAGUAAAAGCGACAAGGUUAGCAUCAGAGGCCCGAAAGACGACGUGGAGAAGGCAAAAGUGCAACUUAUGGAGCUGACCAAUGAAAAACAUCUGUCCAGUUUCUCAGCUGAAGUCCGUGCCAAAGUCCAACAUCACAAAUUCCUCAUUGGGAAGAAUGGUGCCAAUAUCAAGAAGAUAAGGGAAUCCACGGGCGCUCGAAUUAUCUUCCCGACGGAGGAAGAUCAGGACAAGGAAGUCAUUACAAUCAUGGGCAAGAAGGAGGCUGUGGAGAAAGCUAAAGCCGAGUUAGAAGCUACGAUCAAGGAGAUUGACAACAUUACCGAGGGUGAAAUCCGCAUCGAUCCCAAGCAUCAUAGACAUUUCGUAGCGCGAAGAGGUGGCGUACUGCAUCGAAUCGCCGAUGAGUGUGGUGGCGUGCAGAUUUCAUUCCCGCGGGCUGGCGUCGAUAGCGAUCGUGUUAUUCUUAAAGGCUCGCACGAGUGCAUCGAAGCUGCGAAACAACGAAUGCGAGAAAUUGUCCAGGAAUUGGAAUCAAUGGUGACUGUGGAGUGCAUCAUACCUCAGAAACACCAUCGCACAGUGAUGGGUGCUAAGGGCCGUAAGGUGCAAAGCAUCACAUCCGAAUAUGACGUGCAAGUCAAAUUCCCCGAUCGCGAAGUUUACGACGAGCAAAAAGCACCGGAACAGAUUAACGGCGAGAACAGAGGAGAAGCUGGAGAUACCGUCCCAGCUUGCGAUAUUAUUCGCAUCACUGGACAACCAGAGAACGUUGCUGCUGCCAAGCAAGCUUUACUUGACCUCGUGCCUGUUACGAUUCAAGUAGACGUGCCGUUUGAUUUCCACCGCUCGAUUAUCGGCCAGAAAGGUAAAGAUGUGCGAGAGCUGAUGAACACGUACGACGUACACAUUAUGCUCUCUCCGGCGGAAGAAAAACUGGAUUACAUCAAAAUCUCUGGAACACCGUCGUGUGUCCAAAGUGCGAAGGAAGCCAUUCUUGAGAAAUGCGAGGCUUUGAAGGCCGAACGUCAAGACCGAGCGUUAAAGUCGUUUGAACUAAAGCUCGAAGUUGAUCCAGAGUAUCACCCGAAAAUAAUCGGCCGGAAGGGAGCCGUAAUCAGCAAGAUACGAAGCGAUCACGACGUCCAAAUUAAUUUCCCGCGCAAGGGUGACCCUGAGGAACAUAUUAUCACGAUCACAGGAUACGAGAAGAAUGCGUACAGCGCGCGGGACGAUAUCAUGAAAAUUGUUAACGAAUUGAAUGGUUUGACGAAGGAAGAAGUGCAGAUAAACGCUGCCGUGCACUCGCGAUUGAUCGGCGCGAAAGGCAGGAACAUCCGCAAGAUAAUGGACGAAUUUAAAGUCGACAUAAAGUUCCCAAGGAAAACCGACGCCGAUCCUAAUGUCGUGACGAUCGUGGGAGCGGAGGAGAACGUGGCCGACGCCAAGGAUCGUCUGCUGAAUCUGGAGGAGGAGUAUAUGCAAGACGUGGUAGAGAACGAGUACCGCGAAAGUCUGCGCUCGCCUCAGCGCGAUGACGGGAUAGUCGGCGGCAAUGAGAACGACGCCGGCUUCAUCGUCAAGGGAGGACCGUGGGAGCAGCAACAGCAGCCUCAAAGCGCACCGAACACAGCCAGCGUGGAGGAGUUCCCUCAGUUUGCCGGCUAUUCUCACGUACCUGUUGCCACUCCGGACGGUCCGUGGGGAGUUAAGCGUUAAAAUGUAGAUCUAAAUCCGUUAGAAAAAGUCGAUGGAACGAAUCGAUGGUUAAACUAACGAUUAUAAGAUAACUUUCCUCUGACAAAAAACGAUAUAUAAAAAAACACCACACAUACGUCGUAUACGCAUGUACACACUCGAUGCACACACACACACACACAUACAUACACACACACGCGCGUAUAAAACACAUUAAACAAACCCAUACACAUAACUCAUACACGCAUACGCACUUGUGUUGGGUGGUUCCCUGUUCCAUUACUGACGUUGCUGCAUACGACCUGGCCACUCUAUUGGACUCUGACACUGGUUUACUACACAACGUUUGACGAUGAUGUUUAUAUUUACAAUUCAUAAUACUGAUGUCCUAUGUAUCUGUAACUGCAACGCAUGUUCUCUAAGUUCAUCGCCAUGUCUCUGAGUCCAAUCGGUCGCGCGUGUCAUUUCGUGCACUCUCUCGGCUCAAUCUCGUGGCUUUUGUCUCUGUUGAUAUGCCUUCCAGGUACAGAUAUGUUGUACUUAAGACUGUGGCUUCGUGGGAAAUAAUCGGGACGCUUCUGCAGAGAAAGGACCAAACUCGCAAAAAUGAGAGAGAAAAGUCAAAUAAAGUCAACCGCAUGUUUGUCGUAAAAUACAAAUUGACUGUAUUCCCUGUAUUCUCAAUUUGUCUUCUACAAUGGAUUCGUACGUGUUGGUUUCUUUCCUGCAGAAUCCAACCAAUUUAUUCGUGUAUUAUAUAUAUUUUCACAGAUAUAAUCUCUGUCCCGCGUAUAGACUGCAAACGGUCAUACG